AUUUGAAGGUCAUCAUGAUAAUGCGAUUCAUAAUUGUUGCGAUUGUAUUAAAUGCGGUCUUCGACGAAGUUGGGACAAAAAGUGUUACGUCCGAUGGGAACACCAAGGUGCUUCCAGAAAAGUUUCUGGGUACUUUCAAACUCGAAAAAGAUGAAAAUUUCGACCAGUAUCUUGAGGCAAGAGGUUUCGGAUGGUUCAUGCGACAAAUAAUCAAAUUGGCUAGUGUCACAAAGGUGUUUCGCAAAGCAAAUUCUCAGAAACCAAAUCGUUACGAUAUGGAGAAUUUGACAAGUAGAAAGAAUACAUUGUUUGCUGAUUGGGCUCUGGGCGAAGAAUUCAUUGCGGAAUCUCUAGAUAGCUUGCAACACAAGAUAACAUUUGACCUGAAAGAUCUAGACAAUAUACUGACAGAAACGCAUAUCAAGGUGGACGAUCCAAGUGACAUCGAAAUUUACGAAUACUAUCGAGAUGGCAAUUACUUAAUUAUGGUAAGGUUACCAGACGUUUGA